UCGAGUCGAUUGAGUACAGACAGCCUUAUAUUAUUACUAAAAAAUAUUAAAGUGAAAAUCAAUUAUUUUAAUGUAUCGAAGUCAGUAUUAGUAUAAGUUCGUGUAAUUUAAGCAUGGAAAUACGGGUCUUUUGUUAGCAAAACUGAGGCGGUAUACAGCAACGAGUUCCCAAGACGUAACUGAUAACCAAUUCUCGACCUGAAUAUCGCUAAGUGUACAAAAUGGCGCAGGUGGGAGCUAACAUGGAAUAUCAGGAGUACAAAUGGGCAUACUCAAUCAUGGACUCUUCCAAGGUGUCAGCCUGUCUGAUCUCGAUGCUACUGAUAGUCUACGGUAGUUUCCGUUCACUGAACAUGGAGAGGGAGGCUCGCGAGAGAGCUGAGAGAGAAAGAGAGGCGUCUCUGCUAGGAGGGAAACCCGCAACACCUUCGAGCUCCAACAACAACGUGCAGACAUUGAACACGAUGCAAGCGCUGUGCUUCCCCCUGGGCUCGUCCGUAGCGCUGCUGAUCAUGUUCUUCUUCUUUGACUCCAUGCAGACCCUGGUCGCCAUCUGCACUGCAAUAAUAGCGUGCGCGGCGCUGGCGUUCCUGCUGACGCCGCUGUGCCAGUACGUGGCGGGCGCGGGGCGCGGCGCCGUGCUGUGCGGCCGCUACUCCGCGCCCGAGCUCGCCGCCGCGCUGUCCGCCGCCGCCAUCGUCGCCGUGUGGGUCUGCACCGGACACUGGCUGCUCAUGGACGCCAUGGGCAUGGGUCUGUGCGUGACGUUCAUCGCCCUCAUCCGUCUGCCGUCGCUGAAGGUCUCCACCCUGCUGCUGACCGGGCUCCUGCUGUACGACGUCUUCUGGGUCUUCUUCUCCUCCUAUAUCUUCACUACCAACGUCAUGGUGAAAGUCGCUACUCGGCCGGCCGAGAACCCGAUGAACGUGGUGGCGCGGCGGCUGCAGCUGGGCGGCAUGCGGGACGCGCCCAAGCUGUCCCUGCCCGCCAAGCUCGUGUUCCCCUCCAUGCACCACCAGGGACACUUCUCCAUGCUCGGUCUGGGUGAUAUCGUGAUGCCGGGACUAUUGCUUUGCUUCGUGUUGCGAUACGAUGCUUACAAGAAGGCGACUCUAGUAUGCCAAAUGGGACAAGUGCCAGGGCCUCGUUCUAUGGGUUCGAGGCUGACGUACUUCCACUGCUCGUUGCUGGGUUACUUCCUGGGUCUGCUGACGGCCACCGUGUCGGCGGAGGUGUUCAAGGCGGCGCAGCCCGCGCUACUCUACCUCGUGCCCUUCACGCUGCUGCCUCUACUUACGAUGGCAUAUGUUAAGGGCGAUUUAAGAAGAAUGUGGAGCGAACCGUUCAUAGCUCCGCCUAAUGGCAAGGGAGGCGGCGACUUCGACGUGUGACUGUCCCCCUCGCCGCCUCGUCCCGCGCCGCCCCCCGCCCCCGCUACGUGUGCUCGUGCCGUCAGCGACUAGCGAGCCAUCACCAGUUCCACUGUUCCACUGCAGUGCGAGUCACAAAUCAAACGGGGUCUAAUCGUACAGGCACAGUGUAGUUGUUCACGUGAAUCGGUGUGCAUUAGUAAAUAAAGACAUACGUUUUACGUUCUAAGUUUAUACGAUACGCUUUUGUUUCGAUUUAUGAAUACAAACGGAAGUUACGUGUGACAGGGUAACUUUGCGCACUUUAUUGACAGUAUUGCAGUAUUAGGAAUUACUGUAAAACCAUCAUUUACCGUGCAUUCGUGUUGGUAGUUUUCCAAUUACAGAACAUAAUGCGACUCGGUGACGCACAAUGCCGAAUUAUGCUGAAGCUUAAUUGGAACGUGAAUUAGUU